AGGUGGGGGCUCACGUGACGAUUAGCAGGUAGGGCGGGAUUAAAUUGUUUGCGGUGCAGUUGGACAGUUAAGGGUGGGCGUGUAGAGAGAGACGGAAAAACAUAGUGAGGGCGGGAAGGCAACAGGUGGAUGGAGAAAGAGAAAGUCAUCCACUAACAAAGACAAUCUGGAGGAGAAAGAUGGCAGCUCUUUUGACAGUGUAAAGGAGACUCAAUCUGUUUCUUAUUCUGUGUGGAAGAGUAGUGCUUACUAUUGGCUGUUCAGUGCACUCUGUUGCCGUUGGAAAUGAACUGGGGCAACACCUGAGAAGGAGGCUGGUCGGGAGCAGAAAGGGAAUGAUUUGAGCCGCUGUUAUCCUCACCUGGUGGAUGUAAGGGAGGGAGAGGGAGAGAGGCCUGAUUGGAGGGAACAUUCUGGGCUUGACUGAAAGACCUGUGCUCAAUUCUUAACAGGCCCAGACAGCCCGCUCCUCUUCACGAUGCAGCAGCCAACUGGAGGAGUGGAGCAGCAGGACGAAUCCUUUGAUUUCCUGUUCAAGAUCAUCCUGAUUGGAGAUUCCAACGUGGGCAAGACCUGCGUGGUCCAGAGCUUCAAGUCAGGACAGUUCUCAGAGAGGCAACAGAACACCAUAGGCGUGGACUUCACCGUGCGGACAGUGGACAUCGAGGGCAAGAAAAUUAAGAUGCAGGUAUGGGACACGGCUGGACAGGAGCGUUUCCGGACCAUCACCCAGAGUUACUACCGCAGCGCCCACGGCGCCAUGAUCGCCUAUGACAUCACACGCCACGGAACCUUUGACUCCGUGUCCAAUUGGAUCAGGGAGGUGGAGCUGUACGGCGCGGCCAAUGUAGUGCUCUGUCUCAUUGGUAACAAGUCUGACCUGGAGUCUGAGCGUCAGGUGUUGUUCCAGGAGGCAUGCUGUAUGGCUGAGGAGAGAGGCAUCCUGGCAGCGUUAGAGACCUCAGCUAAGGAGGCCCAGAAUGUGGACGAUGCCUUCAUGAUGAUGGCCCGCGAGCUGCUGGCACGCAACGGCAUGGCCGUCCGGCAACAGGCCCCUAGCAACAAUGACUCGCCCCGCGUCCUGCUCCGAGCCAACUCACGACCAAUCAACGGGCCAGCGGUGAUCACAGACAAGAAGACGUGUUGCUGACAUAGAGAGGAGGAAGGACAACAGAGGGAGUUUAAGAAUGGAUACCUGGGGGGACAUGUGUGUGCCACUGUGUUGCCUGGAGGAGGACAGAAUAAGGCAGGGAUCAUCAACUAGAUUCAGCCGUGGGACGAUUUUUUUCUGGAACGGAUGGUCGGAGGGCCGGAACACAAUUACAAUUCAUAUGUAAACCACAAAUUGACCGCCAGAAGCCCAAACAGAUAUAGUUUGACUAAAACAUAAUCUUUUCAAACCUUGCUCACAUUUGUAUACGAUCACGUAUCUCUCUAUUAUGCGUGGGAAUACUUGGGAACAGAUUUCUUCAAUUAAAAUCACUUGGAGCUGAUUUCCUGGUGUUUCUACAAUCUUUAAUGUCCAACAAUGAAAAUUACACAAAGAAAUAUAUAUAUAUAAUAUAUCUUCUUCUUUUUUAACUUGGGGGCCAAAUAAACCCACCGGCGUGCCGCCAGCUGGGGAACCCUGGAAUAGGGGAAGCUGAGACUGUUACCCAGUACACACACACCUUUUUGUGGGUGCCUUUAGGUACUAUUGACCUAUGACCUAUGCAGUGGUGUAACGCAGUUUCUCAAACCCCCGACCCCCCCCACAAGGUACGAGCAAUUUAAUAAAAAAAUGCUCUGUAGCGUUUUAUAGCUGAUCUCAGGCUCUUUUCCAUAUUCUGCUGAGAGAACACGUUGCUGUUUUAGUUCUCGGGGAUUCUUUAAAGACGCGACAAUCUCAACUUUUUCCCACGAUUGUUUCACUCUAACAUUAGAUUAUUCAAAUAUGUAAUACAAAUCUCCAAACUUCUUUUUGAUUAGUUUUCUAGAUGUAGGACAUAAAACAACAUUUAUAAAACAAACAUCACCCCUACGUCUAACAUAGCAAAUAUUACAAUUCUUUAAGCAUCUGUUGCAGAACAAUUCAAAUAUUUUGUCUGAAUAUUGACAACAACAACAAAAUCUUAAGGGGUAGUUGGCAACAGAUACUGAUACUGCCUCUAAAAAUACGAGUUCAAUAAAAAAAAAAGUAAAAUAUGGAAAAUGAUUAAUUUCAGCACUCGGAGUUGGCGUUAGACAAAAACCUGACAGAGUUGAUGCUUAACAGAGUGGACAAAAAAUGAUGCUUAACAGAGUGGACAGAAAUUGAUGCUUAACAGAGUGGACAGAAAAUGAUGCUUAACAGAGUGGACAGAAAUUGAUGCUUAACAGAGUGGACAGAAAUUGAUGCUUAACAGAGUGGACAGAAAUUGAUGCUUAAUUCAAGUGGUAUACACAGUAGCAAUUAUGUUUUACUCAGUUGCUUUAUGACUCUAAAUCCUCAUUUAAAGAAUAUUUCUCUCACAACUUUCUAAAAUCUGAAAUGAAUCAGGAAUGAGGAGGGUCAGCUAUGCCAUAAGGACCCCUUGUCCAUCUCCUCGUUAGAUUACGAUAGAAUAUGAAUUUUGGUUCAAAUAUGUUACAUUUAAGUCACAGAGGGCUAUUGCAUAAAACUACAUAAGAUCAUGUUUCAGUUAAUAUCCAUUAUUGGGGAGUUAAUUUUGGGGAGUUUGAAAUUGGGAUCCUUUGCUCAGGACAGGGCAUUUCCAGGCAUAGAGCCGACAUGGAAAUGAAUAAUAUUGAAAGUAUUUAGAAGAUUUGAAAAAAACCUAUUAUUGUGGGGGUGCGUGCUAUGCCAGGGGAUCUAUGACACUGUGACCUUGUGAGUGUCCCGGGGGGGAGUGGACUGGAGCAGUGGAUGAAACACUACAUUACUGCUCCACCUGCUGCUAUCCAUGUUGUUGCUGAAAGCCUACAGUGCCUGAACGGUGCCUGAACAGGACCUGAACAGGACCUGCACAUUGCCUGUAGUGUGACUCCCAGCAGCUUCCUCACACAGAGCAAGCUAUGGUAUUGGAUUAGAACAAACGUGCACAUCAGUGACGUACUACUGACGUCUCCAGAGACAUUUUCAUUUGUGAUGUUUUAUGUACAAUGAUGCCUAAUAUGUGACCGUCAUUGGUCAGUGGUCAUACGUUAUACUAUUGUUAUAGACAUUCAAUUAGAUUUUCAUUUGAGGCCAUGUGGCAGAAAGUGAUAAGGGAAGCUAGUGGGUCUGGGAAGGUGUGAUGUAUUUUGUAUCUUUUGUAUUGUUUCUCAAAGAUCAAAUAAAAUCAACAACAAAAGAAUA